AUGGCUAAGAAACCGGUAUCCAUCGCCAAGGCGGGGGAUCAUGCAGAGGAAGGAAGAGCGAAAGCUUUAGAUGAAAACGGAAACGAAAAUGAAGAAGACUCGUACGACGAAGAUGAAGAUGAAGAUUAUGAGCCGAGUGCUAAGAAGACUGACGACGAUAACAAGAAGGAAGUCGCAGAUGAAGACGAGGAAGACGAUAGCGAUGAAGAUUCGAACGAUAAGAAGCUAGACGACGAACCUAUACCAGAUUUUUCAGCGAUAGAAAGCGGUGGUGAGAGGCUUGUGAAAACAAGGAGACAACGCCAAGAAGAGGAAGAAACUAACAACGGUAGGAAUGUUCCAGUUGGACUUGUACGAGGAAAUAAGUACUCGAGUAUCGAUGUCGAUGAACUAUUCAACCUGUUGAAGCAAGAGAGUGCAAGAGGAGGCGUCAUUUCGCCCGAAACUCCUACUUCCACCGAACAACAGGCUACACACGCUGGUCGUCUGAAUAGACAAACAGCUCCAUCGACGAAAGGAACUGAAAAUAAGCCAGGACAUAUCAGUGCUGGUUCUAAUGGUGGGCCUGAGAUGAUCACCAUAGAGUCGUCGUACACAUUUGCAGGUAAAGUGAUAACGGAGACGAAGCAAGUGGAGGUAGGCUCUGCAGAAGCCAAGGCAUAUAUGAACUCUACGGGCAAUAUAGCAUACACAGGAGAGCGUUCUGCCAAGAAGGAGCAAAGAUCGUUUGUACCAAUUGUUCGGGAAGUGAACGGAGAACAUCUUGAGUUAAGAAUUAAACUUAAACGCCCGUCGUUAAUUGACAAGUUCCUAUUAAUACAAGGGAACAAGCUGCAAAAGCUCUCCACCUUGGAAAAGUCUAGGUUGGACUGGGCAAGCUUUGUAGACAAGAGGAAGCUUCAAGACGAUUUGAAGUUACAUAAUAAGGAUGGUUACUUAGACAAGCAAGACUUCCUCAACAGAGUGGAACUGAAGAAAGACCAGCAAUACAAGCAAGCACAGGAAGAAGACAGAAAAAACAGAUUGAACGAAGGAAAUAAUUAG